AGAGGAGCUGGAGAGGCUUGUGGUGCUGAUGUGCUCUGGCACCUGACGUGUGCCAGCAGCCUUCUCAUCAAGGGGACCUGGACGUCAUUGUCACCAUAGAGACAGAAAUGAGGAUUCAGUUUCAAAGGGUGAAGAGAAGCUGGCAAUUAGGAAGGAGAAAGCGUUUUCUGCUGCAGGUCUGAGAAAGGGCACGCUGGCAUGGAGAAAGAGAAGUUCCAGCAGAAGGCUCUGAAGCAAACUAAGCAGAAGAAAUCCAAGUCGGCUGAAUUUCUGAUGGUAAAAGAAGAGAAAGCAGCAAUAGAAGGCAUUGAAAAUCCAGCUUUUAACAUCAGCAGCACAGAUCUUUCAGCAUAUCAGCCUUCAAAAGAGAAAGUUACUACACAUGACAAGCCAGAUAGCACCCUUGCUGCUCACCAACAAAAACUCAGGCUACAAGCCCAUGCUGAACCAAGAGGAAAUGAAUACAGCAGAAAUUACUUUGACCUGUUGAUGGAUGAGGAAAUAAACCCAAGGCAGUGUGGGAUGGAGGUCAGUGAAGAAGAUCCUGUGAAAUUUGAUGAGCAAAUCCUCUAUGGUAAAUUGAUGAAGCUUCUAGAUGAAGAAAACAUAAUGCUGGACUUACAAGAAAGUGUUGCCAGUGAGGAUUUUCCAGACUCCGUGAUGCCUGUCAGCUCCAGUAAAGCACAUGACCUUCACAGGGAGCUUGAAGAUGAAGAGAUUCCUUCAUAUAUCGAACAGUUUGAGAGAGAUGUUCAGGAUGACAUAAUUCUGCUUGGCAGCUUUUCGCUGGAACAGAUUUUAACAUUUUCUUUUGUGGCUAAAAUCUUAACUGAAUAUGUGGCUUGGCAACCUAAGAGAGCCUGUCCUCUAAUUGUCUCUGUAGAUGCCCAAGUUAAUCUUGAAUGUUCUUCCCUCUUCCCUAACUGCUGCAGAGUGGGAAGUCAGCUGUUGAAAGCAGAGGGGAAUGAAAGUGAAGAAGAAAUGGCAGCCAGCUUUGGUAACCAUGCAGUUCUGAAUGCUGGAUUAAAUGUAGCAACAGGACCUUGUAAGAAGGUUGACUGCUUCAAGACACCACAGCUGAUAGAAAUUCACGUCAAAUGCCUGAGGGGAGUCAAAGAUAAGGUCCCUAGAGGCCACUACACCCUCAAAGUUUCUGUUCUCAGCCGCUUAGGUGGUGGCUUGCUGGAGUGGCCCAAAAUGAAGGAGCAGCCUCAGGCCAGGACAACGCUGCCUGUUAGUCACGAUGGAAACUUCUACAACACUGAAAUCUACUUCGAGCAAAGUAUCCAGACAGUUCUACCACCUACAAAAGCUGUGAAGCCAGGCAUGGUCCUCCUUUUUGAACUCUUCCUUCUUCGUGGGACACAUACUUGGAUUGAUCGGGAAGUGGGAUGGGGAGCUUUCCCUGUGUGUGACAACAAUUUUAAUACUUUGGAGGGAAAAUUUAAGUGUCCCUUCCUUAGGGGCCAUUACGACUCCAAAAUUGACCGAUUCAAGAAAAUUGAAAAUUUAAUUUCUCAAGACUUGGAUCACUGGUUAUGCAAUCUCUAUUUCCAGAUAAUUAAACUACCACAGGAUUCAGAUGAGCAAAGUAAGUGUGGUAUGCAUCUUAAUCUCCCGCCUGAACAUGUUAUGUAUUCAAGCCCUGCUGAAAAGAAUGGUGUCUCAGAGAAUGUUGAACAGCCUGGACUGCAAGGUGAUGGAUUCAAACUUUCAUGUUUUUAUCCAGGCUUUCAUUGGGGCAACCCAUAG